GUUAGUUAUGUUUUUAUGCAGAGAUUUUUAUAUUUUAAGACAACAAAAUGCAAAGUACUGGAAAAGUCACCUCAGAUGUAAAAUUGUAAAAUGCUUUUAAUCUUUCAACACUGAUGCAUAAUGUGGCUUUAGACAAAUUGUUUUGAAAAUGCAAAUGAUCCUAUCUGUCGUAGCUUGAAAUUUUGCCUUUGGGUUGCCAAGCUGAAAUGAACCCAUUAUUAAUUUUUAAAUACCUUUUACCUAAAAGCGCCCUGAAGGCUGAACCACUCCCACCCGCUGAGAGUAUAAACCCAAAACCACCACCUGCAACGCUCAUUCCGAAUCUAGAAUCCACCUGUGCAUCAGCCCAUCAUCCUUCUGAGUGGCCGACAACAUGAGCUUUGCGCUUCAGUCAUCGUUACAGUCAAGCUUCAAGACCAACUCCGACUUUAAAAUUCCUUAUGUGGGCCCAAUUUCAGGAGGACUGAGAGAAGACAUGGCCUUGUACUUGCAGGGAGUCCCUACUAAUGCUGACGAGUUUAGAGUAAAUUUCAAGACUGGGCCUACUGACAAGCAUGAUAUUGCUUUCCACUUCGCCUCCCGAAUGGGCUUAAAUGUGGGCAUGAACAGCUCCAGGAAUGGAGAAUGGGAGGGCGAGGAAAGUGUCUCUGAUAACCCCUUUGAAAAGGGACAAGCUUUUGAGAUGUUCAUCGUCAUCAAAUCCGAAGGAUAUCAGGUAUACGUGAAUGGCAAGGAGCUUCACAUGUUCAAGCACCGUAUACCGCUUGAAAAAGUGUCAACGUUAAAUAUCAAUGGAGAUGUUGCCGUGAAUCUUUUUGGCUUCAUUCAAAACUGGAGCACAUCCUCAUUUGUUACUAAAGUCAAGUCAACAAUCACUAGUCUGGAUGGGAAACGUUCCACCGUACAGGCAGAGAUCUUGCAGCCAGUCCAAAACCCUAACAUUCCUUAUGUGGGCACAAUUUCUGGAAGACUGAGAGAAGACAUGGCCUUGUACUUGCAAGGAGUUGUUCCUACAAAUGCUGACCAGUUUAGAAUAAAUUUCAAGACUGGGCCUACUGACAAGCAUGAUAUUGCUUUCCACUUUGCCUCCCGAAUGGGCUCAAAUGUGGGCAUGAACAGCUCCAGGAACGGAGAAUGGGAGGGUGAGGAAAGUGUCUCUGAUAACCCCUUUAAAAAGGGACAAGCUUUUGAGAUGUUCAUCGUCAUCAAAUCUGAAGGAUAUCAGGUAUACGUGAAUGGCAAGGAGCUUCACAUGUUCAAGCACAGUAUACCGCUGGAAAAAGUGUCAGCGUUAAAUAUCAAUGGAGAUGUUGCCGUGAACCUUUUUGGCUUCAUACACAACUGGAGCACAUCCUCAUCCACCAUACAGUAGGAGAUCUUGCAGCCAGUCCAAAAUCCUGGUAUGUGAACAGGAGCGUUUCUGUGGCUGCGUUCUCAGAGAAUAACGUGAAAAUCAUGCAUGUCUUCAUCCUGAUAUUCACUCCUCAAGCAAAUCAUUGAUUUUAAUCUAACACAUUAUAACCAAUCAAGGUCACUGCUUAUAUUGCAAUGAAAGCAAAUACAUUUAAUUUUCUUAAACCACACUGCUCUAUGUUGGGAGUUUUGGGACACAAUACAAGCACAUUUUAGAAAAAGCUCUGUCACCAUAUGGAUAUAUAGACACCUGUAAUGCAUUAUAUUAAUUUGAGGGGGUUUUCUUUGAUUCUUAAGCAAACUGAAAUCUAAUGGCAAUGUUAUUUGGAUUUUUUUAUGCAAACUCAAUGACUGUUUUUGGCAAACCAUUCUGAAAGUAAAUCUUGAGAUACAACAAUAAAAGCUUUUCAGUUCA